CCUCAUUCAUGUGCAUUCGCUGUUUGAGACGGAUCGUCCGUUUUGUUUUUACUGUAUAUAGUUUUUGAGUUAUGGAUAAUGUGAGGAAGUUCUUGAAGAAACAAAGCAAGAGACGGAGACUCGUUAAGCACCGAAGUUUGUAUUAUGAACCAGAAAUGCCAGUCCGGGACGGCUCCAAGAAGCCCCUGGUCGCUGUUAUAGAUGACGGAACCAAGACCGUCAGAUUUGUAAUAUACGAAGCGGAAUGCUCGGAGGAACUGGCCUCGUAUCAGAUGGACAAGACGGAGGUGCAGCCCCAUGAGGGCUGGUCAGAGCAAGAUCCGUACGAGAUAAUGCACCACAUAAAGCUUUGUGCUGAAAAUGCCAUUGACCAGUUAACAGAAUUAGGUUAUUCAAAAGAUGACAUCAUUACUUUAGGCAUAACGAAUCAGAGGGAGACAACUAUAGCUUGGGACAAAUAUACCGGGGAGCCAUUGCACCCCGCCAUAGCCUGGAACGACAUACGUACCGAUAGCACGGUAGACGCAAUCCUGGCCAAAGUGCCGGACCGGAAUAAGAACUAUCUGAAGAACAUCUGCGGUCUACCGAUAUCGCCUUACUUCAGCGCGCUGAAAAUGCGCUGGUUGAAGGAUAACGUGAAGGCAGUCAGACGAGCGAGUAGAGAUAAACGAUUGCUAUUCGGCACUGUGGACUCGUGGAUUCUGUGGAAUUUAACCGGCGGUCCACAAGACGGUCUUCACGUGACCGACGUGACGAACGCUUCGAGGACUUUGCUCAUGAAUCUGGAGACCUUGAACUGGGACCCCGUGCUGUGUCGGCUAUUCGGAAUCCAUCGGGAUACGUUGGCGGAGAUAAGAAGUAGCUCCGAAGUGUACGGCACGGUCAGAGACGGCUCCGUUCUCGACGGCAUAUCCAUUUCAGGGAUUUUAGGUAACCAGCAAUCUGCGCUCGUGGGUCAGAACUGUUUGAGCGCCGGCCAAGCGAAGAACACUUACCGCAGCGGGUGCUUUCUGCUGUACAACACCGGAACCAGACGGGUCAAUUCGACCCACGGUCUGAUCACGACGAUAGCUUAUAAAUUAGGACCCGAUCAACCCCCCAUUUACGCAUUGGAGGGUUCGAUCGCGGUGGCGGGCGGCGCUAUGAAGUUCCUAAGGGACAACCUGAGGCUGAUCAGGGAUGUGUCCCAGGACACUGAGCACAUCGCGGGUCAGGUGUUCUCCACCGGGGACGUGUACUUCGUGCCGGCCUUCAGUGGCCUCUACGCGCCCUACUGGAGGAAGGACGCCAGAGGGUAGGUUCUCCUGUUGAGGUCGACUACCAGGCGAGAGUCGCCAGCUCGGUCGGUUAAUGUCUCGUCACGUUACAGGGACAUCCUGGAAGCGAUGAACAAGGACUGCGGGAUGCCCCUGUCGAAGCUCCACGUGGACGGGAAGAUGUCCUCGAACGAUCUGCUGAUGCAGCUACAGGCGGACCUCACCGGUAUACCGGUUUUGCGCGCCCAGUCGUGGGACAUGUCCGCUCUGGGCGUGGGCAUCGUGGCGGGCCACUCGGUGGGCGUGUGGAGCUGCGACAAGUGGAAGCAUCACGCCACCCACGCCGACACCUUCCUGCCGACCACGACCGAUGAUGAUCGCGAUGCCAGAUACACGAAAUGGAAGAUGGCCGUCCAGCGCUCCCUCGGAUGGGCGACCACGAAGAAGUCGAUCACAAUGACAGAGGAAAGGUAUAAGCUCCUAUCGUCGAUACCCGCAGCUUUGUACCUCAUAGGGAGCUUUACGAUGCUAGUCGCCUCGUCGAUUUUAAACGAAGCACGUAGUUGAUAAGUGAAAUUGAUUAGUAAAAUUCUUAUAUGUUAAGUCGUAAGCGAUAAGUGAAUUUUCAGCUAUACUUCAAUGUGAUAAUUGUUACGGUGUUGAUAAGUUACUAACUACUCCCUGUUACUCUUUUUUUUACAUGCAAAAUGUAAGUUUUAUUCGUUAUAAGCUCAUUUUCAAUUUACUCCUUUGAUAAGAAAAAGAAUUUGUGAUGCAAAAAGUGAAUUCAAUGUUGCUUGAUAUUACAUAUUACAUUUCAGUAAAAUACCCUUAAAUAGAUUCGUAUGUAGGUUUUUUUCUAACUCGACAUUCUCUCAGACUUGAUCCUUGAGUCUAGAUUAUAAGUAUCUAUGUGAAAAAUAACUUUUUUUAAAACUUAAAAUAUUGAAAUUGAUACCUUACACCUCUAGCUAUAAGGAACAUAUAUAAAUCGUUGUAAUUGAUCUCGGAAAUCUAAAUUUGAUAUUCAUAAAUUCAGUCAGAAAAAAAACUUACAAACUACCUUGUCAUAGAACAAAAAGACAUUGCGGCUUAUGACGUCACUGAGGGUGUGACGUA